AUGGAGCUACACAGAACCCAGCCUGUGAAGGAGAAUCGUCUUCCCUUUCUAGCAGCUUCUCGCCUCUGGGAAUUCCCUGAGCAAUAUCACCCCUCAAGGCAACAACCGAUUGACCCUCCUUUUGUGGGAAAGGAGGCCCUUUUCAGCCAACUCCAGUCUCAGGAGGAAGCCGGGCCACAGAGUUUCCGUGCAGGAACUAUCCCAUUAGGAGAAACUCCCCGGGAGACACUCUCCCAGCUGAGCAAGGCAACUCAGCAGUGGCUGCGUCCCCAAGAGCACAGCAAGGAGCAGAUUGUGGACCUGGUCAUCCUGGAGCAGUUCCUGUUUGUGCUACCAAUGGACAUGCAGGCUUGGCUGAGAGCCAAAGAACCGAGGAGCAGCAAGGAGGCAGCUCAGCUGGCUGAGGCCUACCUGCAGGAGCAAGAACCUGCCAAGUCUGCUCAGCUGCCAAUUUCCUUUGAAGAUGUGACUGUGACUUUCAGUGAGAAAGAGUGGGCACUUCUAGAAGCCAGAGAAAAGGCUCUUUACUGGGAAACCAUGCAGGACAAUUAUGACAAUGUGGCCUCUCUGGGGUUUUUGAAACCAGAGACUGAUUUGAGGCCACCAGAAGAAAGUAAAAAGGGAGAGACUCUCAAGUUUCAGCUCUCAGAAAAAAGGAUGCAAACAAAAAUCAACUUUUCAGAACCCCUGCAUCUUAAACUUGAGAUGGCAUCAAAACUGAAAAGGAAACCAAGAUCACUCGUCUUUGAUCUCCAGAGCUGUGAAGAAAUGGAAAUCCUAAGUGACAUCUGUUCAGAGAGUAGUCUAGUUAAAGAGAAUCCAAAGAAUAACUCCAAGCACAAAAUCCAAGAGCCAGUGGAGAAAAAAAGCAUAUUCGCUGGCCUGUCAAAAGGGAGCCCCAGGAAACCAAAAGCCAGGGACAGUCAACAGACAACACUGACUUUUGAGGAGAACUUCCUACCUCAGCAAGAGAAGAUGCUUUUUGACACAGGGGAAUCUUUCAAGGGACCACCCCAGGUUGUGGCUGCUCAGAAUAAUGACCCCCAAGAGACCCAUCACAUCUGCACCGAAUGUGGGAAAAGCUGUGGCUCAUUUGCUGCUCUGACAAAGCAUCACAGGGCCCACAAGGUGGAAAAAUGCUACAAGUGUCCAGUCUGUGAAAAGAGGUUCAGUCGGAGCUCUAAUCUCAUCACUCAUCAGAGGAUUCACACGGGCCUGAAGCCAUUCCAGUGCGCUGAUUGUGAGAAAAGUUUCAAUAACAAGUCAACCCUUGUUAAACACCAGAGAACCCACACUGGGGAGAAACCCUAUGUGUGCCUUGAUUGUGGCAAAGGCUUCACGCAGAGCUCCAACCUGAUUAAGCAUCAGAGGAUUCACACCGGGGUGAAGCCCUACAGGUGUCCUGACUGUGACAGAAGCUUCACUCAGAGUUCACAUUUCAUUGACCAUCAGAGAAUCCACACAGGCGAGAGACCUUACAAGUGCCCUGACUGUGGGAAGGGUUUCAGCCUGUGCUCCAGUCUCAUCAUACAUCACAGAAUCCAUACUGGAGAGAAACCAUUCGAAUGUCCUAUCUGCGAAAAAAGUUUCAGCAGCAGAUCAACUCUUAUUAACCACAGACGUAUCCACACUAGAAACAAACCUUAUGAGUGUGUUGACUGAGGGAAGACUUUCACUCAAAACUCCACCAGCCUGAUUGCACACCAGAGAACCAAUACUGGGGAGAAACCCCAUAAAGGUCCUCACUGUGCCAAAUGCUCAAAGCUUAAGCGUUGUCAUCCACCAAAGGACAUACAUGGGAGAGAGGCCAUAUUGGUGUUCCAGCUAUGAGAAAUGCUGCAGU